GCAGCUCCGCAAGUUCCGCACCCUCGACCGCGGCCGCAGCGUGCUCGUGGGCGGGCGCGGCGAGGGCGAGACGCUGGCGCGCUGGUCGUGGCGCGAGGCCGUGGGCGCGGCGGCCGACGACGACCCCGAGCCCGAGGCGGGCGACUGCUUCGUGCAGAUGCGCCGGCGGCCGCGGCGCGAGCACCCGGCCGCCGUGGGCGCCGCCCCGCGGCCCGAGAGCGGCUGGCAGCACCCGCCGUCGCGGCGGUGGAGCGCGGCCCCCGUGCCCGACGUCGGGCUCCCCGAGUGGGCCUCGCAGCUGCCGGGGAGGCACAUGGCCAUCUUCUUCGCCAUGUACGCGCUCGUGCGCCUCGCGCUCAAGGUGUGGCAGGCCGUGCUCUGGGGCCCGGCCGUCCCCGGCUGA